CACCCAGCGACGACUCUACUCACCAACCUUGGCUGCUAGUCGUAACGACCGGAUUUGACCCUUACGCAUACAACCUCAUCACCGCUCACUGUAUCCAUAAGAUCGCCUGGAUCCGACCUCUGAUCAUCCGCUGUUCUUGGCCUCUCAGGUCACGGAGAUCACCCUUCGGCGGUUGAAGUUGCGACCGGGGCAAUGAAGUGAUGUUGGAUACAGCGGCCAGCAUGACAUCCUCUGCUUUCCAUCCCAACGUCAAUGCACCUUCCUCGAGCACAGCAGAAUCUCGACAGAAUGUGCUGAUCAGGAAUGCAAUUGCAUCCGACUCUCAGAGGAUUCGAGUGCAAGAUGAGAGCACCGGGAAGUCGUAUGAGCUACACUUAGGCAAAGGCGCUCCUUACCCCAAGCGGUACGGAGGCGACGAUCCAGAAGACUAUAGCUUCGAGCAAGAGUCCCCAACAAGCCCACAGAAGCUAGCGCCUCCGCUUGCUCCGUCCAAGAACCGGCUGCCUCGCACCACAGCGGGCAACGGCCACGUUCCGUCAGGCUCAAAUGCGACGGCAUCGUCUUCCUCUCAUCGGGUUUUACGGCUACCCAUGAUCGUCAGACAUCGUGGAAGUGCCCAAGUCCUCUCAAAUAGUGCUGUCCCACGUACGAGCAGCGAGACAAAUCAGCCUUCUCCGGCUGGGGACGCCAACGGUUCUCUCGCCCAGCCCGAGUCUUCGCCGAGAGGGAAAGCUCCGCCGUCACCUUCGACUCCUGUAUCGACUCGCAGAUCCCGGAGUGGUUCAAACAAAGACGCAGAGACUGUGGAGCAGCCGUCAUCACCUGGCGAUGCCCAACUCAAGGAAUUGAACAAGAAGUACCAUGAGUCACUCGCAGCCACUGCUAGCUCGAACCUGGCCCGUCAAAGCAGUGCAGACAGCAGCGGAUAUCAUUCCGGGAUGAAUCUCUCCAACGGUAGCGCCAAUUCCUCGGCCAUACGCUUGAGUCCUCAGAAGUCCCCAUCGCAGCAUCCUCUUACAGCUCCGACGCGACACUACCCCAUCAUGAGCGAAUUGCCUCCCUCUCCUCCGCUGGAGGACGAGGAUGGUGACAGGACCCGCCGUCUGGGAAGCUCUACAGAUUCAGACGUGCAGCGCCCCAAGUCUGGACAGAAGAAACCAGGCGCACAACUCACCAUUGAUACAGCAGCAUCAGCUCGAAGGAGUUACACUCGACAGGCCUCGGCUGCUAGCACUUCGACCGCCUACAUGAGCGCCGAAGAGGGCGUUUGGUCUCCUGAAGGAGACGAGGAAGAGCCGGCAACGCCCAAGGCAACAGCACCAAAGAUGAAGAUCAUGCGGUAUAGCCCAGAGCCGAUGGAGGGCUCACCCCAGGGACUACAAGAAGGUGUCAACGAUGCCCAGAGCUUGAGUGCUUCGCCAUUGGCCGCCCCAUCUCUGGAACGGACUAUCAGCAGCACGUCAUCAGAAGGCAAACCACUUCGAGCAAAUACGACGUACAGCGGUCGCCAUUAUCUUCAUCCUGCCUCCGCCCUCCCUAAUGGACCAAGCUCUCCAAGCUCUCCAUCGCGGCGCGGCAAACGUGCCGACGGGACAGUCCGGCAGCAACCUUCAAGAAGGAACACGACAGGAUCUUCUACUGGAUCGGCAUCUGACUCAGCGCAGCAGCAGUCGAGCCUUGCGGAGGGAAGUCGACGCGGGCCCGAGAGUCGGUCCUUCUCUAGAGGCGCAGUACCGUCAAGUAGUCCUGCAGGCCAGACGAGUUUCAUGGACAAUCCCGCCGGCAUAUCUGCAAGCACAUCUGCGCCCGGCGCCCGAGCCCUGCGCACGGGUGAUGCAGGCUUCGAUGAAGAGCUGGCAAAAGCCGAGGCCAAUGUCAGAAAGCGGAUCGAGCGGCAGCGUCGGGACGAAGAGGAAAAGGCGCUGGCUGCACAGCAGGCCGAAAAGAGUGAGGCAUUGGAGAGGACGCAACUGCAGCGGGAGAGAGAAAGGGAGCGGGAAAGAGAGAAGGCUGCCGGCGGAGGCGGCGGAGGGGGAGGCUUGCCCGCUCUGAUGAGGGCCAAGUCAAACCUUACCAAGCUUGGAGUCGGACAAGCGGGAGGGCAGUCGCAGACUCAGAGGGGUGGACCUUUUGGUACUGACGAAGAGAAGCCUAUGGUCGUCGGCAACAUCAUCAACGAGAGCCACGUGAAUUACGUCAUGAUGUACAACAUGCUGACAGGUAUACGCAUCGGUGUCUCAAGAUGUCAGGCCAAGGUGAAAAGACCUCUGGUCGACGAGGAUUACAAAGCUAGACACAAGUUCACCUUCGAUAUUAUCGGAAAUGAGCUCACGCCUUCGGCUAAGUACGAUUUCAAGUUCAAAGACUAUGCUCCCUGGGUUUUCCGAGAGCUACGCGAGUACUUCCAUCUCGACCCUGCAGAUUACUUAUUGUCACUGACGGCAAAGUACAUCCUGUCUGAGCUUGGUUCCCCCGGCAAGUCGGGCUCCUUCUUCUACUUCUCGAGAGAUUACCGGUUCAUCAUCAAGACCAUUCGUCACAGCGAGCACAAGUUCCUCUUACGCAUCCUCAAAGAUUAUCACGAGCACGUUAAGGCCAAUCCGCAUACCCUAUUGAGCCGAUUCUACGGCUUGCACCGAGUGAAGCUGCCUCAGGGUCGCAAGAUCCACUUCGUCAUCAUGAACAAUCUGUUCCCACCGCAUCGCGAUAUCCACGAGACGUAUGACCUCAAAGGGUCUUCGUACGGUAGGGAGUACCCCGAGGAGAAGGCAAAAACCAAGAAGGGCGCUACGCUGAAAGACAUCAAUUGGAUCCGGCGGAGGCGCGAGCUCGAACUUGGUCCAGAGAAGAAGUCUCUAUUUGCAGCACAGCUUGCCAGUGAUGUGGCGCUGCUGAAGAAGCUGCGCAUCAUGGACUACUCGCUGCUGAUCGGUCUGCACGAUAUGAGAAGAGGUAAUUCAGAAAAUCUUCGACAGGAGAAGCUGCAGAUUGUCCAGCCCGAAGCAGGCACCGUGACAAGCGUUGAAGUUGCAGAGGACGUUCCCCGGGUAUCUAACGGUCCAUUGGCAUCUCCGACUGUGGCGGGUCAAGGAGGCAUGAACGCAAGCACCAGUUCAGGCAGCGGCGCUCCGAUGCUGCAACGCUCUCGACCAUCUCAGCGCAGUCACUCAGCCGAUGUGGCGCCUGGCCGAUUGCCUUGCAGAGGAAGUAGCGCUACUGUCCUCAGCGAUGGCGAGUACGUAGAUGCUGAGACGGGUUUGCCUGCAGCUCCAACUUCGAGCUCGCUCGCCGCCUCUGUAGUCCCCUCGAGUUCCAAUGGUGCUGCAGUGACGAACCCAUCUGGCAAGCGCGCCUCUGAGCAGAACGUCUUUGCCCUUCGUGCAGCCGUACGUCGCAGUGAUCCCAAAGCUCUCGGCUCUAGCUCAACAGCACAACUACCUGCACAAGAGACUUCAGAGCGACGCCACUUCCUCUUCUACCAGGACGAAGGCGGCUUCCGUUCCACGGACGAUAACAAUGAGCCCGGUCCCUGGAUCUACUACCUGGGCAUCAUCGAUCUCUUUACGCCGUACUCGAGUAUUAAACGCGGUGAGAAUUGGUUCAAGCGCAUCACCAUGGACGGUAGGACCAUUUCUGCCGUCCCGCCGAACCAGUAUGGGAAUCGCUUCGUCCAAUUUCUCACUGCGGUCACGAGACCCAUCAAGUGGAAGGAUCUACCGCCUGGAUUUGACAAGAUUGAGCCUAUGGAGUCGAGUGAGAAGACGACUUGACAAGGCGAUGUGGCGCUAGCUAGCGCUCGAGGAUGCGCUUCUUGACGAAGAGAGCACAAGAUGUCUACCUAAGGGGGACGAUCAUAGCUACUUCUCUGGCACUACUCUGAGCUGCUCCACUUGUAUCGAAAUUUACCCCCAUCGUCGCUGGACGACCCUCUCCACUAGAGCAUGUCAUGCUGCACUUUCCUUUUGGCCCAAUCCGAGUCUUCUUUACCCAUUCUCUGCCCACACGCAUACACACACAUAUAUCGUAGCUUUGCUUUUGGAGCAAUUGAGAUUCAUUCCCUUGCUUCUUUGCGCCAGACUUCUCAUACUGCUUUCUGUGCUCAAGUGAAUUCAUUCAUUCAUUCAUU